AUGGCCAAAAAGGAUAAGCAGCGAGAAAAGACGAAACUCGUGCCCAUCGCUUUACACACUGAGCUUUCUGAAUACACGUCUCUGCUUCGUGCGCUCAGGACUAACGACAUCUUGGAUGUGGCCUCGCAACUUGCUCGUCCUUACGCUGGGUCUUCUACUAGGGCUUCGACCGUGACUGCACGCGAUAGUAGUCUCGCUCCUCGAUCUACCGACUUUGCCGAUGUAGAGCUUUCCGACGAAGAUGUCGGCAGCAGUGCGAGAGUGGCAGAGAGGAAUAUGGAUGAGGGAGAGUCUGAGAAGCCUGACUCAGGAUCUGAGUAUGAGAUGGGUGGCGAGGGCAAGGCGAAGGCGAAGAAAAGUUCGAGCAGGUCAAAGAAGAAGAAAAUGGAAAGGGAUGAGUGGACGAGGUGGCCGCUUAUGGUCGGCGAUGUUCAUAUCCCUGAGUGGGGCUUCGCAGACGAAGUCCUCUUCCUCGCUCGACAAUCUAUCGCAUUUCACCGGUCCGUCUCGAGCGAGCACGCUCAUGAUCAGCCUGGUGACCCUCUUGAGCCUGUCCGUGAUUUGGAUGCAUCGGAGGGUGAGCAGGAGCCCGACGAAGAUGUUGACGACAUCGACUCCGAGUCAGAGGAUGAGCUUCAGCCUGAUGUGGCCCAAACCCUUGAGGCUCUAUCCUCGACACAUCUUACUCAGAUGUUAUCUGCCAUUGCAUCACAUAUUCCUGCUUCUUCGAAGAGUCUGCAGAGUCGCUUCAUGCCCCUUACCUGGCAACACGUCCUGAACAUCGUCAGCGUAGAGGGCAUUGUUGACCCUCAGGUGAUUCAAAACGUUCAAGAUCGUCUGGAGAAGAUUUACGGUUUGGCUGAUCAUCCUUAUGCUCACCGUGCCGCUCUGCUAUCAAAGCACUCGAACGAAUUCGCGAGUGCGGACGCAGAUGCGCUGGGAACUAUCCGGCCUUUUGACGACCUUGCCUACCUCUCCUCUCUUCCGGAAUACAGACCCUCACGCAAAGGUAGGAAACGGAAGAGACGACGCACGAACAGUCAAGCGGUCAACACUGUUACUGGAUCCGUCGAAGGAGACAAGACGGACCAGUCCGAGGUCGGGAGCGAUACAGAGAUGAAAGGCAAGGGCAAGGCGCGCGCUCAACCGAAGAAGAAACCCAAGAUUGGGUCCUGA